AUGCUCGGGGUGGGUUCCCUCCACGUGGGCCUGAUCGCCGCGAGGGACGUCAAGAGAGUCAAGCAGGGGGGGGUGAGCGACAUGCUGGGCCUGUCACCUCAAGCCUCGCCGUACUGCCGGUUUACCCUGGGGGAGUACGAGUUUACAAGCGGUGUUGGGGUCAGGACAACCGGCGGACACUCGUGGAACAGGGAACAGAUUUAUUUCCCAGUCAAGGUUCCUAUCUCAUGCGUGGUUGGGGGCUCCGGGCAAUCGUACCACACGGCGGGAAGCGGAAGCGACGGCAGCAGCACUAACACACGCGGAGGCACCAAGGGACCAAGGAAGGCAGCAACACCCGUAGGGCAACCAAAAUCCGGCGGCGAAGGCGGCAGCGGCAGCGUGGCCUGUAGGUCGAGUCUCUCGCGGGCGGUAGCCAACGCUGAUGCAGCCGCCGCCCACUGCGUGUGGAACCAGCUGAGCUUGAGGGCUCAAGUGUUUCACCGGGAGGGGGGUGACGGGUACGGUGCAGGGGUGGGUUCAGGAACGACUGCGGCGGCGGGGGGGGGGGUCAAGGGGCCGGGGGGGGUCGCGGCGAAAAAGGCCACCACGAUGGCGGUCGGCAUCACCACUUCCACCACCGCCACCAGCAAUGCCAAGGCUCUCAAAGACACCCCGGAAGACCCCGCAGGCACUACCCUCAUGGGUGGAAAUACCCCUGCCGCUGUGGGCAACGGCGGCGGCGGCGGCAACGAUCGAUUGCUUGGGGAGUGCUCUCUUAACCUCGUGGAGGUGGUGUCUGGGCGUGCCCCACACGUGGAGGAGUGGGUUCCGUUGGACAGCGAGGGGGAACUCAGGCUGUCGCUCGAUUACGACUCGGUGCGGGAGUUGCCCGUGCCCGGCGAUUCGGUGUAUCCGGACCCUACCGCGCCUCAACGAUGGACCCUCUCUGGUGUCCGGGAUCACGCGGCCGCCACCCCCGCAGCGGCGGCCAUACGGGGGGCGGUGCUCCGCGCCAGCCAAGAGGAGUCUGCCUGGGAGGGAGGCAAAACCUUGGCCUUGAACGUGUUGGAGGGGGUUUCCUGGACAGCUAAGAGAUGGUGGAGCGGGGGGCUCGAUAGGGCCAGUCGGGCUCUGACGCUCGACGAAAUGAUGAGAGAACAACACCCUAGAAAGAAGUAG